AUGAGCGUCUUGACAGUAGCUGGGACAAAUAUCCCAGAUCCCACACUCUCCUACCCUUACUCACAUUCUCCCGCCCCUAUUUCCUCUUUGCCGCCUCAUCCUGCGCCCUCGGUGGCUGACGGCGCCUUUACUCGCCCCGAGCGAAAAUCCUACAUUGCGACCACCGCCUCUCCCAUAGCGCCGGCGCGAACGAUCAGCAACCACCAUCACUCACGGACUGUCUCUUCAAACACCCUGCCACCCUCCAACUCUUUUGUGACCAUUGUCACUGUGCCGUCUGGCACAGGCCAUUCUCGAAUUCCCUCCACCUCCUCACAUUCGCGUCAUUCCUCCACUUCGAAUGCCACGAUGAGCAUGCACAGACAGGGCACAACCUCUUCGGCCGCCAGCAUCCCACGUCGUUCUACGUCUGGCCGCUCGACAGCCACGAAUAGCCCUACAUCGUACGUAGCACUGAUGCGAAAACAAAAGGCAACCGUUUGGUGCGAUCGAGCUCAAAACAUCGACCCCCGGCUUGCCGCUGCCCAGAAAGCAGCCAAACACCGCGCGGCCCUUGAGGUUCAGAGUGUUGGUCAUGGCGGACGGACAAGCACCAUCUCGUCAGGUGGCGUGGUUGGCAAGAUCAGACACGGCGGUGUCCCGAAAGCACCCGGGUAUGUCCCGGCGAACCUAACCGGCGCGUCUGUGCCUGUACGACUAAGUGCCAAUGAAGCACUGGGCGAUGAAGAAGAGGAAGGACGAAGCUUCACUGGCGACAAUAGUAUGGUACAUGCCCGGACUGGCAGUGGGAGAAGCAGCACCAACAGCGCCAAAUACCGGAGCGGGUAUCCACGUCCAGAUCAAGGACGAUUUAGCAGCACAAGCACACCACCUAGCGAAGGGUCACCAGGGCAAGGUAUCCCAGAAGACGCGGAAAACGCCGAAGAUGCGAAGCACGACUACUUCGUCCACAGCGACAAGUCUACCCCUGGUAGGGAGAGUGAGGACUCAUUCGGCGAGCUGAAGGAGAUUUCUGGUCCCAGCGCUGUGCAACGGGCACUGGAGCAAGCGAAGAAAGCCGAGGAUCUGCGCAGAAGAGGGAGCGUGGACGAGCGGACGAUGAGCAUGGGUCAGCCUGGAGUAAGGCUGUUUGUGGCGAAUCCAGAUAUCGACGACUGA